CGGCGGGGACUUCCGGUCCUGCGCAGUGCGCGCCGAGGGAGAGAAGAAGAGGAACUGGCCGCGGCGGGAAGGAGGCGACGACGACGGGAUGACAGGGAGGCUCCGCUCUGCUUGCUGUGCACCCUGAGGCCUGCCCCGACCUCUCCCUCCGGCCAUGGCUCACGCCACCACCGACUCGGCCAUCGCCGUCAUCCCCUCCUCCUCCUCGGACAGCAGCAGCUGCCUCAUUCUGGACGACGACGAGGAGGAGGAGGAAGGAGAAAGAAGACCACAAGAAGGAGGAGGAGAGGCCUCAAAGGGUCCCCAUGAUGCUGGUGCUGCUGCGAAACCAGAGGGGCUUCGCCCUGCCCCACACCCCCAGGCCAAUGGCCGGCCCCCCUCCUCCUCCACUGCCGCCCCCACCGGCCUCCGGGUUGAGAACGAGCAGCUCUUCUCAGAGUUUGUGGCCUUCUGCACGCAGCACACGGCGGACCACCCGGAGGUGAUGCCUUACCUGACGGCCCGGCACCAGAAGGCGGAGGGGUCCUUCCUGGCCUCGGUGGAGUUCCGCAACAUCCUGGGCCGCUGCCUGAGCAAGGUCCAGUCCCGCCGCAGCAAGGUCUACGUCUACAUCAACGAGCUCUGCACGGUCUUCAAGGCCCACUCCCAGCGCAGGAGGGUCCCCGUCACGACGGAGGGGGGCUCCGCCACUGAGGCCCCGCCCCCUGAAGGCCCCUGCCCCACGGAGGAAGGCCCCUCUGCCCUCGGCGCGACCCCCUCGGAGCCCCCCAAGGCCCCCUCCAGCUCCCGGCGGCAGAUCCGGUACCUGGAGAACCUGCUGCGCCUCUACGCGGGGGAGAUCCGGCGACUUCAGGAGCGGGAGCUGGACCUGGACGACCUGAACCAGGAGGACUCGGCCUACCUGCAGGAGGGGCGGCUCAAGCGGCGCAUGAUGCUGAUCUUCCGGCGGCUGUGCGCCCUCAAGGACUGCAACGGCCUCACCGGGAGGGUCAUCGAGCAGCGCAUCCCCUACCGCGGCACCCGCUACCCGGAGGUCAACCGGCGCAUCGAGCGGCUCAUCAACCGCGAGACGGAGGCCUUCCCCGACUACGCCGACAUCCUCAAGGCCGUGCAGAAGGCCAGCGCUCGGCACAGCCUGGGCCUCCCCAAGAAGCAGAUGCAGAGCAUGGCCGCCGACGCCUUCCGGGAGGUGGGCAACCGGCUGCAGGAGCGCAGGCACCUCGACCUCAUCUACAAUUUCGGCAGCCACCUCACCGAUGAAUACAGGCCUGGCACGGACCCUGCGCUGACGGACAAAGGCCUGGCUCUCCGCCUGAGGCAGAACCGGGAGCGGGCCGUGCAGCGCCUGGAGGAGGUGACCUCGCAGUUUGCGCAGCUGCAGGACCGGAGCGAGGAGCAGGAGUGGCGCCGGCGCAGGAAGGGCGGACGGGCCCCGACCCCCACUGAUCCGGGUCCCUCUGCCCCCAAGGAGGAUGCGCCAAGGGUGGAGACCGGCCCCCAAAAGGGCAGCCCGAAGCAGGGCAGCAGAGGAUCCCCCAAGGAGGAAGAGGAGGACGAGGAGGAGGAAGAGGAAGAAGAGGAGGAGGAAGAGGAGGAUUCCUCCCUUGAGUGGGACAUGGAGGAGGACCUGGCAAAGUGUCUCGAGGGCGAAGAAGAGGAGGAGGAGGGACCCCCACCAGAUGAGGAGCCCCCGGCCCAGGAGGUGGAGGCCGACCAGCGCAUGGAUCUGGAGGUGGUGGAGAUUGCCUCUUCCUCUGCAGAGGACGAAGAAGAGGACGAGGAAGAUGAGGAGGAGGAUGAAGAGGAAGAGAGCGAUGCCCGCAGCGGCCAAGGAGCCGGAGAGGCGGAGGAGGGCCAGCCGGGGGCCUUGGAGGCGCCCCACACCCCCCAGGUCGGGAAGGCACGCCUGCCGGAGAAGAAGGAAGCCCCUCCGCCAUCCCCCAUCCACUCACACCGGGUGUCCUCCAAGCGGAAGGAGCUGCAGGAGAACGGGGGCUCCCCCCAGGCGGGGGUCACCAGCAUCCCCCAGGCGGGGCUCAACGGGCAGCCUCCGGGGAAGCGGGCCAGGGCCGAGCGGCGGGGGUCCAACAGCAGCUGCAUCGAAGUCCCCAGCACAGGCUCCUCAGAGGCGGAGGAGGACGGCAAUGGCAACGAUGCCGAGGUGGUGCUCUUUGGCCCGCUGCCCCCCGCAGCCCCUCCACAGCCGGACUCCACCUGCGCCGACUCCCCUGGGCAAGGCCUGGUCUCCAGCUCCCUGGGCAGCCCUCUGCGGAAACAGACCUCCAAGGGGGCGCCGUGGCGCGGAGCGGAGCAUGCGCAGAAGAGGCCGAAUGGAAAAGGGCGGGAUAUAGGAAAACGGUUCGGCGGGGACUUCCGGUCCUGCGCAGUGCGCGCCGAGGGAGAGAAGAAGAGGAACUGGCCGCGGCGGGAAGGAGGCGACGACGACGGGAUGACAGGGAGGCUCCGCUCUGCUUGCUGUGCACCCUGA